CUCACUCUCAUGUUCGCUACUGCCAAAGAUUUCUAAUCGCCUCUCCCCUGCUACAUUGCCUCAACUCUUUGACAAGGAUGCGACAAAAAUUUCCUAUAGUCCUAAUCAGUCUCCUUCUACUGGCGAUAAUAAUGGUUUACCGAUGCGACUGUGGCCGAAAUCUUACUGGGAAUGCCCAAGCCAUCGCUGGUCACAAAGCAAAAUGUCCUAAGGUUGCAUCAAGAUCAAAGUUUUUCAUGAAGACUGGCUUAGGGGUGAUAAAAUCAGUUGGUGGGGCAAAGCGUCUUUUGGGGUUUGAUAAGAAGGGAAAUUUGGCAGGUGCUGCAGCAAAGGGUAGUGCUUUGGAGAUGGACACUGCUGCAGACUACGAGCUUGUUGAUAUUACUGCACCCAAUGCCCUGGGAGAAGAAUCAAUUCCUGACCUAUCUGCUGAACCCAAGCCUGAACCCAAGCCUGAGCCGCAACCAUCACGUCGAACUCACAUGAUACCUAAGCGAUUGUUAGAUUAUCUUCCCUCAACUCGAACGGAAACUGUCAAAAUGAGUCAGUAUGCUGCCAUUAGACCUCCAUCUCCUCGUCGACGUCAACCAGUCAUUGCCAAAUCUCCCCAAUGCAGUCCUUCACUAUCACCUGAACCCGAACCACCAGCGUUCAUCACCACCAAACCCAAUACUUUUGGUCUAUUUCGCCAGUAUACAACCCUACCCACCAUCGAUCCUGAAGAGACAAAAACUCUUGCAGAUUUCUGCGAUGCUCCUACAUUCGCUGUUCCUACGAUGAGCUCUACUGGUUGA